UGGGCAUCAAGCAGAAUCUCAAACUGUGGGAGAACCACGUCACCUACAUCAAUGAAGAUGGGUUCGAGGUGUCCAAGAUUGUGCCGAGGAAACUUCCUCCCGCACCGUGGAAGAUUGUCGCCCGGCGUUUCGAGCCUGGGUGUUUUUCAUAGUUGGUCUGUAAGUAUCAGUGGUAAACGAUUGUGACCGGGUUGUUUCUGACAUGUACAGCGCCGCCUGGGCUGCCGAUGGCUUCGACUACAACUCAGUGAAUCUGGUGGCGACCGAGUUGUCGGUCGCCUACAACGAGAACCUCACACACAUUACUUUGUCCGUCACGCUGACUCUGGUGGUGCGCGCCUUUGGCGCCGUCAUCUUUGGUAUUUUGGCCGACAUGUUCGGACGAAAAUGGGUCAUGGUGGCCAACCUCUGGAUUUUGGCCGUGCUCCAAAUCGGCACCGCCGAGGGCAAGACUUUCGGGGCGUUUGUGGGCGUCCGCACCAUCUUUGGUAUUUGUAUGGGUGGCAUCUACGGUCCGGCUGCGGCCAUCGCCAUGGAGAAUAUGCCAGUGGAGGCAAGAGGACUGUUCUCGGGGAUCCUGCAAAAUGGUUAUGCCAUGGGAUAUGUCCUGGCCGCCAUGGUCACCAUCGUCGGCAUGCCCGACACCACAUACGGAUACAGGGUGGUGUUUUACGCCGGUGCAGGCUUCUCGGCCGUCGUGACCAUCAUCAUCAUGUGCAUCCCGGAGUCGGCCAUUUUCGCCAAAGGGUUGAUCGAGGGCAACGACGGCAUGACAACGGGUAUCAACCCGAAGAAGCGCGUAGCUCUGUUCUUCCGGGACGCGCGACUCGCCGCCCGCCAGAACUGGAAGAUGUCUUUGUAUUGUGUGCUCUUCACCUCCAUCUACAACUGGAUGACCCACGCGUGCCAGGACAUCUACCCAUCCUACCUCAAGGUUCAGAAAGGGUUCACCCCACGUCAGGCUAGUCUCGCCGCCAUCCUGGGCCAGUGCGGCGCUAUCAUUGGGCGCCCGCUGGCAGGGUAUUACUCACAAUUCUUCGGUCGACGGUUGACCUCCAUCGUUGGUAUCUGUCUGGCCUGGGCCUUCAUCCCACUCUUCACCCUGCCGACGGGCUACAGCGCGAUCAUGGCGGGCACUUUUUGUCUGCUGUUCUUCGUCAACGCCUCUUGGGGCAUCAUGCCCAUUCUAUUGAACGAGUACAGUCCUCCCCAGUUUCGAGCCGUCUUCCCCGGCACGGUCUACCAGUUGGGCAACAUGUUCAGCGCCCCGGCGGCACAGUCGCAGACUGCGGCGGCUAGCGACUGGAUCAAGAACGGCAAACCCAAUUACAGCCAGGUAAUGACCAUAUUUAUGUGCGUCCUCUUCGCCUCGGCAAUCGCCGUCUGCGCUUGCGGGCCCGAAAGGUUGGGUAGUCAUUUCGAGGUCAUCAAGCGUGCUGGCGCAGUCGAGAACCCUUCGGAAAAGGAACUCGAGCUACGCGAGAGUUUUGACUCGACUAAACCUCGCUCUCAUCAAUUAACAACCAUAGCCGAGGAUAAAGUUGCGAGCAAGGAGCAAAUUGAGCUGGCUUGACGUGGCGGUUAUUCGAUCUGAACGUCUGCGAGUCAUCGAGAAUGAUUCCUAUGAAAUUGGCAUGCUAGGGUUUUCCCGGGCCAUGAAUGUUGGGAGUAUUAGGCAGGAACGACCUACGGUCACGUGGACCAGGAUUACAUAGGUCUCCUGGUCAUUAGGACCUUCUACCGAAUACCAUACAUAUUCAGACUC